UGUGUGCACACAGUGGUCGAUUAAGUUUCUACCUUUUUUUCCAAAAUGCUCUCGAAAAUUCCAAAAAAAAAUAUAUAUUUUUGACUAUUUUAUCCUUUAAAAUUGAACCUAAAAUUACGCAGUCGGUAGUUCAAAUCAUGGUGGGGGGUUCAGGUAACCAAGCUAGACCAAAAAUAAGCCGACUAGAGUUCACAUCAAGUACGACUAGAUCAUGAAUGGCCUUCAUAACCAUCGUAACUUGAUUUUGACAAAUAACAUCGUCAAGUUCAUAUUAAUUUUUUAGCCAAGUUCAUACUAGCAACUCUUCUUUCUUCCUCUUUUCCAGCCAACACUAGAAACCCUACUUACGGCCUCCGCGCCCCCCUCUCCUCCGCGCGCCGCCGCCGUUGAGGCUAGGGAGAGGACCACCGGCCGUCAAUCACCGUCGACACCGCUAUCCCUCUUCUUACUUCCUCUUCCAAUUCCAGCGUCUCUCUCUCUCCGUGCACAGCAGCAAGCAUCGCCGCUGGUUGUUGCCGGAGUUAAGGGAGCCCGCUGACGGCGACUAGCCAAGAGAACUCUCCUCCCUCCCUCUUUUUUACUUUCCCCUGUGUCCAUAGCCAUCAGUAGGCUCUCCUUCCCUUUUCCAGCCGCCGUCCACAACUCUUAUCCUUCUUCUCUGGCGUCUUUUGCCCGAACCAAGGAGGAUCGUUGGUCCUCCUCAUUUUUUUUAGCCUUUUGGUAUCCUUGUUGAACGAGGUUUUUAUCGUACGCUGUCCAAUUAAAGGCUCAUUCACCUAUUGUGUUCCAUCCGGGAAAAAUUGUAAAGAUACAAAGUUUUUUACUUCCAUGUAAACAUUGUUGAAUUUCCCAAUUACCUUGAGUUAGUAUUUGGGUGCGUGGCUCUUGGUUCCUUCUUUUCAUACUAUCAUCAAGUGGAGUACCUUCCUAGUAAGUGGAAAUUACACCCAGUGGCAUGACAAUUAUUGAGUAAAUUCAAUAGUUGAGCUUAUCCAUUGUAAGUUUAAGUUCAAUGAAUUUAUUUUAAGCUCAGGUUUUCAUUUUUCCCAAUUUGCUGAUUGUAGUAACUUAACAUCUUCUUAAUAAACUAACCAAAUUGUAUCUAUUUGAUCUAGAGACGCUUCUAAAUCCUAAUUCACAAUAGGUCAUUUUUGACAAAUAUAUGUUCUGAGCUCCCAUUACUAAUGUUUUUUUUUCCUAUGUGAAACCUCUUAUGUGAUAUCAAAUUGAUUUGACAUGUUGUUUGUAUGUACAUUGUAUUUGCUGAACAAAUAACUCUUUUUUUUUUUCGUGCGACUUGAAGUUUUCCUCAUUCACUUAAUUGAGUCUGAAAAAUAACAAAAUCUGUUACUGACAAUCUUCUUUGGCCACCAAGUUUGUUUUGAGUCGCAUUCAACCUCCUGUACCUUUUGUACAACAAGAAUUUUCUACUGCUUCUUUGUACUCGAAGAACAUUCUAUUGCAUCAUAUGAUAUUGAUGGUUUUCUUUUGACAAAUUUGAUGUCUUCAUCCAUUUCAGAUAUUCUUUCAUGUUGUUUUGGUUCGUUUAUUUUGUCUGUUUAGUGUUUUUUCUCAUGGCAUGGUUUUUCUUCUGCAGAAAUCUUGACAUGGAAGCAGCCAAUUUUCUAUGGUUCUCUUUGAAAAAAUCAAUCAUGGGAAUUAUGUUUGGACUAACUAUUUCUGAUAAAUUUUUUACUGUCUAUUCUGUGACGGGUAGUUCUAUGCAUCCUACAUUUACAACGAGCAAUGGUAGCUUUCCUGCAUUCUUGAAAGGUGACAUUGUGUUGGUUGAAAGGUUCUGGGAUGAUAAACUUUCGCAUGGAGAUGUAAUUACCUUCAAGUCUCCAACUGAUCACAAGAAGGAAUUUGUUAAAAGAUUAAUUGCAUUGCCAGGUGAUUGGAUGCAAUGUCCAAACUCUCAUGAUAUAGUGAAGAUACCAGAGGGUCAUUGUUGGGUUGAGGGCGAUAAUAGAAGUUCUAGUUUGGACUCGAGACAUUUUGGCCCUAUUCCUUUAGGUUUGGUUCGAGGGAGAGUGACCCACAUAAUUUGGCCGCUGAAAAGAAUGAGUAAAGUGGAGAGAAAGGUUGUGAUGAACAGAGUCUAUAGAACUUGAUUUAUUUUAUCAUUGAGUUAGUUUUCCUACAAGUUGUACUUUGGACCUCCAAUUUUCAAGUUACAUCAAGAUGCACUUUUUUUUUUU